GUGCCAUCACCUCCGAGAAGCGAUAAAAAGGGCAAAGAGGCUCCUCAGUCCAGUGGAUGCCUGACGAAAAGAGGCGCAUCCCCAUUCUUCCCAGAGCCCCGUCGUAAGGUCCUCCGUGGUCCACCGCGAGCUUUAACUCUCUCGAAAAUCAAUGAAGCUGGAGAGGCUGCAGGGUCGGAUCCGGUUGCACGAAAUAAAGCACCGUGGAAGACCUUUAUGGAAUCCUAUAAUUGUGACCUUGCAGGAAAGAUUACCGUGUAUACUCGGGAAUCGGGCAGUCGGGGACCUUGGACCAUUCACCAGUACCCCAGAGAAGAUACAAACAGAAUAUUAAGCCUUCUCCUCUCUAUUGGCCAUUCUAGGGUAGCCUCGGUU